UCGUUAUAUUUCCCUCCACUAUCUGUCCAACAACACCAGCCAAUCAACCAACCAUAGUCAUGGCCGUAACCACGGCUUUACAGACCCUCCCUUCUUCCUCUACGCUUCCUCGUGCUCGCUCAUCUCAUCCCUUAAUCUCUUUUUCUUUUUCCUUUUCCCAUUUCCCUAUUCGCCCACUCCUCCACUCUUCUGCAAGAUCAGUACUCCCCAGCUUCAAGGAGGGAAUUCAAUGCGUCAAGAAAGAAGCUGACCCAAAGCUCGGCGUCAGUGUUUACAAGCCUAAAUCAUACCAAGUCCUUGUUUCUGAUGCCGCCAAUUCUCUCGCUUUUGCACUUAAUGAUGGAAAGACCCGACUCGAAAUUGACUUCCCGCCCUUGCCCACCAGCAUUUCUUCUUAUAAGGGAUCUUCGGAUGAGUUCAGUGAUGCCAAUAUCCAACUUGUACUAGCUGUUGUUCAGAAGCUUCAGGAAAAGAUGGAAACUAGAGCUUGUGUGGUGUUUCCUGACAAACCUGAAAAGCGUAGGGCCUCCGAGCUUUUCAAAGCAGCUCUUGACUCGAUAGAUGGUAUUACCAUUGGGUCCUUGGAUGAUAUUCCUGGUGGCGCUGUGACCUCAUUCUUCAGAUCUGUAAGGAAUACACUGGACUUCGAUUUUGACGAUGAUAAUGAAGGUCGUUGGAAGUCUGACAAGCCCCCUACACUUUAUAUAUUUAUCAACUGCAGCACUCGUGACCUUGCGUACAUUGAGAAGUAUGUGGAAAAAAUUGCUAUGUCAACCCCUAGCCUCCUUUUCAAUCUAGAGCUUGACACCUUGCGCGCUGACCUGGGUAUUUUUGGCUUUCCACCCAAGGAAUUGCAUUACCAAUUUCUUUCUCAAUUCACCCCAGUUUUCUAUAUUCGAACAAGAGAGUACUCAAAGACAGUUGCAGUGGCACCUUAUAUUGUGAACUACAGUGGAGCUCUCUUCCGUCAAUAUCCUGGUAAUAUAUCUGCUAAUCACUCAUCAUUCAGAUUUCAGGGGCCUUGGCAGGUGAUGCUGAAACAGACAGAUGGUUCUUUUGUCUGUGUGGCAGAGAGUGCAACUCGCUUCACUCUUGGCGAAACCAAGGAAGAACUAUUGAGAGUCCUCGGACUGCAAGAGGAGAAAGGAAGCUCACUUGAAUUUCUCAGAAGAGGCUACAAGACUGCAACUUGGUGGGAAGAAGAUGUUGAUUUAGAAGCGUCCUCUGCAUGGCGUAGCUGAACAGAAGAUUACCAGAGAAGAUGGCGGGUGGAGAGUUAAAACAUAAAAUUCGGGUGGUGGACGAACAAGCUACUAAUAUUCCAGAUUUGUUGAUCCAGCAUUUCCUUCAGAGAGAUGUUCUUUGUAUUUACUUGUAUAUUUCCACUAAAAAGAAGGCUGUCUUUUAAAGAAGUGACAAGUCCUUGAAUUCUCCUUGCUCUAAAGCAUAUCUCUAUAAGAUUAAACUUUGUCAUGUAUUACUGUAAUCCGAAUUAGUGAUUUAUUGAGAGUGACGAGCGAGAGAUGUAAAAAUCUAGCAUUAAUUCAGUGUUUGGUUAUUUGUGUUGA